AUGCAGCGCUUCACGAGCAAGCGGCGCAACCUCAACGUCGACGCGACGCUCGCUGCGGGGACGCUCGGCGAGUCGCCGCUCUCAUCGCCGCUGCGUAAAGAGCUUCACCGCCCGUCCGCGCACACGCCGCUCUCGCCCAACGGCCUCUUGUCGCCGCGCAACUUGCCCGCGAGUCUGGACCGCGUCCCGAGCGAGUAUGCGUCCAAGACCACGUCGAUCCACGCGGGCGGACACGGCUUCCUCGUCUAUGGCACGAUCGUGUCGUGCCUGAGCAUGGACCGAGGCGGCUUCCUCGCAGGCGACGGCCUCAUCACGUCGGAAGUGCGGCUCGAGGGCCUCGUGCAGAGCCUCAAGGCCACGGUGGACCUCAUUGACGCGCAGCUCACCGACCCGGGGUCCCAGCGCGACGUCCACGUUGUCGCGUGCCAUGCCAAGGAUUGUCUCUUCGAGGUGCUGCCCAAGAUGGUGUACGAGGCCACAGCAGCGUUCGAAGAGGCCAAGGCGUCCGAGAACGCGAGCACGACGUCGACUGGGUUCUCGGAUGCCUUCUCCGAUCUCAAGUUCAAGAGCGAGUCGGAGCUCCGGUUGAACGCCAACGUUUACGACAAGCUGCACGGAACGCGCGUCAAGUACGGCCAGACGGUGCAGCUGCGGCACAUCAAGACGGGCAAGUACAUUGCCAUGCAGCCGACAAGGGACAAGGAGACCCUCGAGGUGGUCUUGUCGGACGGCGCGGCGGCGUGUCAUCUCACGCUUCUACCGCGCUUCAAGCUUCGAAAGACAGGCGAGCCCGUCCAGCUCAUGGACCAAAUUGUGCUCGCGGCGACAUACAAGGCGCAGCGAUUCGCAAUGCACGUCUCGACCCGCAGCGCAGUUGAUGGCGCGUCGACACUGGUGCACGCCUCCCUGUCGCAUGCGUCGCAGUGGCGACUCGCUCCCUACGACCACUCGGAGAAGGACGUCUCGAGCGCGACGAUGUACCAGCCCGACACGGGUCGCGGUCUCCGAUCCGGGCUCUGCAUUCGCCUGCUGCACUUGGAGACGAGUGCGUGGCUAGGCUGUGGCGGCGGCGCCGUGCACCUGCAAGCCGAGUCGGGUGGCGCAUCCGACGCUGCCGACACCAACUCGCAUCUCUUGUCGCCCGAGACGCUGUGGGAAGUCGAGAAGAGCUGCUUCCUCGACGGCGGCCUGUUGCACUGGACGGACAGCGUCUGCCUUCGUCACGUGCUCACCGGGCAGUAUCUGCAUGUGGAGAACACGGAGGCGGGGCUUCGAGUGGCUACGAACGCGCAGCCGCAGUCGUCGUACCUCCUACGGCCCACGACGCUCGUCAACCCACGCAACCCGAUCGGGCACAAGAGCGCGGUGCUGCUCCAGCACGCACAGACGCUCACGUACUUGCACACGCGGAGCAGCGCGCAUCUGCACGUCUCGUCGCCACUCGUGACGCUGUUGACGCCGCAGGACGAAGACGCGUUCAAGAUUGUCUCGGUCUCGUCCACGGAGCUCCACGAUACGUCGCGGCUGCUCGCCUACCGCACGCUCUGCGAAAGCUUUAUCGCGAGCUUUGCAAGCGCGUCCGGCGGCGACCCGCGCUUGGACGACGUCGAGCGCGUCCUGAGCCAGCUCAACACGUUUACGUUCUUGGACACGCAGACACCGGACCACGUCCUGUGGCUGCGGCAGACGCUGCUGCACCGGCACCAGUUCGUGCCACUGCUGACGCGGAUGCUCGAGGCGCCGUUCGCAGCGUACGGUGGUCCAUUCUCGAUCGACUACGUCUGUGGGUUCCAGCCUCAAAACGAACCGAGCGACGGGAUCGAUGAGCUGCCUCACACCAACGACUUUAUGUCGCCCGGUGGCGGGCGCUUCAGCAACGGUGUCGCACCGCCGCCGCCGCCGCCCAUGGACAAGUCGCUGCCAAUCGUGUUCCAAUGGCCGCACACCGCCAUGCGGCAGCUGCACCACGUGCUCUGCGCGAUCAACAUCCUCUUGUUCCGCAUGUUUUACAGCAGCAAAACCUCCGACACGUCGGCGUGCCGGCACGCGAUGCCCGUGCUGCUGGCGCUCCUCGGGCAUGGGUUCAAGGCGUCCGUGCCGCUCUCGUACCUCAUCCAGGAGAAGUUCCACCUCUCCGAGUCGUUCGCGUCCUUCUCGGCGAUCGUGCGCAAUUUCUUUGAUCUGAUUCGGCGCCACGGCAGGGCGAUGCGGUAUCUUCAGUUCCUCGUCGUGCUCUGCUCGGCCAACGGCCACGCCGUGCCCAAGGUCCAGGAGAAAAUCUGCGAGCUGCUCUUCAAUCCGAGCCACGGCUACUCGGACGCGGUCCUCGUGCACACGCGGCCGACGCCCACGGGCCUCGAGCUCUGCGUGGACGCGGUCGCCGAUAAAUGGGUCCCGCUCCGCACUUUCUUUGACGACUAUUACAGUCACAAGUCCCACGCAACGCUCGCACCGUACUUUUACGGUCUGUUGCAGCUCUACUGCGCGCUGUGCAUGGAUCGCAACUACACGUGCAUUCGGUGUCUGGCCGGCAGCUUUCCCCGCGCGAGUCUCUUGGCCUGCGUGCAAGAUCCCGCGCUCUCGCGGUCGAUCCGCGCCGUGCUGCUGAACCUCCUCGUGGCGCUGCAUCUGGACUGCGAGCCGCAGACGCCACUGCCGAGCCCCAACUACACGCGCAUCUGGAAGGAGGUGCUCUUGCAUCAAGACAAGCUCCCGGUCGCGCGAGAUGGCAUGUACUCGACCGACGACUGGACCUUCUUUGGUCAGCUGCAGACGCUCGCGAUGACCUACUUUCGAAAGCAGAAUGGACUCGUCAUCAUCACCGAGGCGGCUCAAAACGACUUGACAUUGGCGUUUGUCCGGCUCUGUAAAAAGAUGGUGGCGUUCGGGCUCUUUCGGUCGAUUGCCGAGCUUGGCGCGCUCGUGCUCGAGCUGGUCAAGCUCCUCGACAGCCGCACCGACUACUGGUACAAACCGUCGACGAGGUCGCACCGGGAGUUGUUGGACGCGACCGAGGUCGUCGUGUCACCCACGUUCUUCCACCGGUCGUCCGAGUCGACGCGCUUUGACCUGCAGGCGCAGAACGCCAUCAUCCAGCAAACCGAGGGCGGGCACGCGAUGCGGCGCGCGUCGCUCGAGCCCGCACGUCUCGCGACGAAGAAGACCCUCGAGUACACUGCUUGUGUGAUGCCACUCACCUCACGCCUCAUGUAG